UCUGUCAAGUGAUGUUAACCUCAACCUCUCGUUUUGUCAAAGAGAUUUUGUUUGGGAUUUCGAUUUUGACAAAUAACAAAUAAUUACUUUACGAUUUGGCAAAAGCUCCAAAUAAAGUUUAUAAUUAGUGUUCUGUGUUUAUAAACUUUGGCUACAAACAUUUUCUUGCUGUAAAAUGAAUAUUUUACCGAAAAAAAGGUGGCAUGUAAGAAACAGAGAUAACAUCGCUAGGGUACGUAAAGAUGAAGCUAAAGCCGAAGAGGAAAGAAAAGCAAAGGAGGAAAGACAAAAACUUGCUGAAAGAGAAGCUAGAACAGUAUUCCUUAGAGAAAAGGCUAGAGAACGUGUAGGUCUGAAAGAUUUCAUUCCAUUAUCAUUGACAAGCUCACAGUCUGAACCUAUUGGUCAUAUAAACUUUUUUGAAGAAUUAGAGAAUGGCCAAGAAGAAAGUAAAAGAACUAAUAAAGAACAUGAGAAGGAGAAAAAAGAGGAAGCUGAAAAAUACGAAAAACAAAUUGGAUAUCUGACAUAUUUGGGCCAGGAUACAAAUGAAGCUCUUGGUAAAAGGAAUUGGUAUGAUGAAGCUCCAAAUAGAGAUUCUUAUGAAAAAGAAGAAGUAAACAUUAAAAGUAAAUUGAAAGAAGAUCCCUUAGAAAUAAUGAAAAAAUAUAUGCCUUCAAGUUUUAAUAGAAAAAAACCAUCUGAAGUUAUAUUGUCAACCAAGAGUGAUGGUAUCUAUGAUUGUCCAAUCAAAUCUAAACACAAACACAAAAAAAAGCAUCAUAAAAGGAAAAGAUCUGAAAGUGAAUCUGAUGAUUCUCAUAAAAAAAGAAAAAAGAAAACAAAACAUGCAUCAGGUUCAGUUGAUUCAAUUCAAAGUAAGAAAAAACAAUUGAAUGUUGAAGAAUUACAUUCUGAUGAUUCAGAUUAUCUUAAAAAGAAAAAAUUGGAACUAUUAAGAAUCGAAAGAUUGAAGAGAGAAAAGGAAGAAAAACUUAAAACAGAAUUGCUAUUCUCUCAGAUCAAAACUAGUUCCUCCACUUAUUCAGAACCAAUUCGAAGGAAAUAUAAUUCCCAAUUCAAUCCUGAAAUAGCCCGUCAGAAUCAACUAAAGUAAUUAAAGUAUUCACACAAGAACUAGACAUUCAGACCCUGAACAUAAACCUUAUAAAUUAAAAAGCUUACUUUAGAAGAAUCUCUAUGAUUACAAUGUAUAAAUCCGGGUCUCUAUAAAUGAUUGCAAAAUCUCAGUUGGCUUUGAAAUAGUGUGUUGUUCCUUAUUCAGACGCUUCAAAAUAAAGAUCAUAAUAUAUAUAAUUUUAAAAAUUAAGCCCAACUCCAAUGUUGCAAUAAUUGAUAAAGACCCUGUAUUAUCAUGAAUGAAUCAUCGUAGAAAGGAAAUAGAAAAUAUCGGUGGAAGCGAUAGGAAAAUUAUCAUUCAAUUGACAACCUCCUCUUAUCCAAUUGAGUACUCUGUAAUAUUAUCAUAAUGUUUUCAUUCAAUAAACAAAAUAAAACUUUUGAAUUUGCAAA